AUCGAUAGUUCCCUCUUGCAGGGGAAAUCAAAUGGUUACUGUUUUCAAACAGUAGCGGCUGCGAAUCGAAAUUUGACCUGUGUAUACGACGAUAAGUUUGUGAGUUGAUUUCGAAGACGAUGGACAAACGGAGUUAUCUGCGUUCUUUGUCAAGAUAUUAUUGAAUGUUCGGCAGGUCUUGAACAGAUUUUGAUGGGCCGCGGUCGUUUUCUUGUUUUCGGGACUGGCGGUUGGCAACGACGCGUCCAACGUAUUUCGAGGGAUGAAUCGAAUACCACAGGAAGCAUGCGGCCGGAUUCACGCAGCGUUUCGUUCACGUUUCACCGGGAAGUUCUGAACGUCAAAAACUCGCCGGAGAUCACGAAGAAGCUGAGACGACGCCUCCAGGAUCGUUUCGAAAAGACGAAGAAACCCGGGGACACCUGUAAGGAGAAGGUGUCAAAGGAGAAGCAGACAGGCGAUCGUAGCUGGAAUAAUUUGUCCCUCGGGAAUAUGUCGGCGGAUUCGAGGCGUGCUUUGCGAAGUGGAGCCGAGAAAUUAUCCAAAACCAUAUCUUCCGUACGCACAACUUUUGGAACUAUUUCACAGAAGUUCAAGAGUUCUACACGCAGACGUCAAAGACUGGAGGAGCAACAAUCUCCCAACAGCAUUUGUAAAAUGCAAACUCCACAGACUCACUCUCGCCAGCUUCUUGGUAGAACACCAACAAAGCUUUAUAGUCCUUUUGGCAUAGAAUCUCCAAGACAUGCAUGGAAUAAGGAGAACAACGAAACACCAGUGCAUACUCCUCCGGCAAUGAAUGCAAAAUAUAUCCAGUGCAGACCGUUCUGUUUCACCAGGGCUAAAGGAUUCUCUGUGUUGAGAUAAAAUCUCUUCCUCAUCAUUCUUUUUUUUUAUAAAUGUUAUUGAAAUGAUCUCUUUACUUCUCAAGCAAUGCAUUCAGAAUUGCGUGCCUUGUGCAACUUACAAUUGAAUUAUUUAUUCAAUUUUAAUUAAGGUAGUAAUUUACUCCUAACAUAUUCAUAGCCCUUUGGCGCAUUAUCUGUAAUAUCAAGCUGCUUUACAUGUAUAUGCAAUGUAUAAUCUAUUUAUACUUUUUUAUACGUA